CGACGAUUGAGAUCUUCGAUUGCUCGAUUCGUUCGAGAAGCCCCGAGAGAUCGUUGCCUCGCCGGAGUUCCUCGUCGAUGAAAGCGUCGAUCCCUUUCCGGCGAAGAAAAUCGAGGAGAUAGCACGUGAAGGAGUGGCGCGUGUCUGCGCCUCGGAAGCUGAGAAAGACGUCGUACUGCCGGCGGGAAGGAUCUGAUUUGCAGGAAGAUGCGGCAGCCAUGGAAGAGGAAUUCGAGAUCACACUGGUCAAAUUCAAUGGAGAUUCUCUUCGAGAAAUGUUUGACAACCAGCGAUCUCAGUAACCUUGACACUAAUGUCGUCACCGCCAACGAGGACGUUGGUAAGUACUUUCGCUUAGUCACCGUCGUCGUCAGAGGUACUGAACAGAUCCUUAGAAUAGAGGAUGAGGAAGGCAAGCCAUGGCAGUUCGGGUUCACAGACCUCAACGUUAGCCAACGCUACGUCUUGACCAAAGGUUGGAGCAACUACGUUAAGGAGAAGCAGCUUGGUGUCGGAGACUUUGUUUUCUUGCAGCGGCUUUUUACGGACAGCAGCAGGCUCUUCAUUGGCUUUAGAAGGCGCGAAGCUGUUCUCGGACAGUGUCAGGAUUUAACAUCAUUGGCCACAGCCUCUGAGAAACUCAAGGAAGUUGAAACUCCUCUCCAGCUAAGAAGUCCUAGGCAUAGCGUUACAGGGUUCGACGGUAUUUUACUGGUUUCUGGUGGUGACAACCAGGACUCCGAGGAGAGAUACUUCAUCAGCUAUAUCUCCAAAGAGCUGUGUCUCCGUGGCUUUACCCCUUUGAUAUAUGAUCUUACAAAGAGCACAUUGGCUGGUGUGGAGAUGCUGCACAGAUCACGGGUGGGUAUUAUCAUUUUCUCCAACAACUAUGCUUCUUCUAGACAGUGUCUGGAUAAAUUUGUGGCAAUCUUGGACUAUUCGAAAGCAAACAACUUUGUGCUUCUUCCGGUAUUUUUUAAAGUGAAGGUGUCAGACAUUAGGGGUCAAAGUGGCUCCUUUCGAAGAGCAUUCUCACGACUUGAGCAUUCAGUUCUGUCAUCCCAAGUUCCCACAUUAACUGCCAUCAACAAAUAUCAGUAUAUGAAAGGGGAAGAUGUUAUACUUGCCAAGAGUAUUGUUAGUGAUGUCUGUUUGCUGCUCAAUUCUGAAACUAACAUGAAACUAAGAGGAAGGCUUCAAAUACAAAGUAUAUUGUCUUUACUAAAUUGUUCUCAUUUCUCAGCCCCACAUAUUGUUGGACUUUGGGGUAUGGCUGGCAUAGGGAAAACUGCCAUCACUAGAGAAAUUUUCAGAAGACAAGCUGAGAGAUAUGACGUCUGCUACUUUCUGCCAGACUUCCAUAUAGUGUGUCAAACGAGAGGGCUGAGUCAUUUGCGUGAUGAAUUCUUCUCGAGAAUCUCUGGGGAAGAAAAGGUUACUAUAGACGCAUGUGAUACUAAACUAGGUUUCAUAAGGGAUAGGUUCCUUAGUAAAAAGGUUCUCGUUGUUCUUGAUGGCGUGAGUAGUGCUAGAGAUGCAGAAUUUUUGGUUGGAGGGUUUGGCUGGUUUUCUGGUGGACAUACACUCAUCUUAACAUCUAGAAAUAGGCAAGUUCUGGUACAGUGUAACGCUAAAGAGAUUUACGAAAUCCAGAAACUAUCCGAGCGUGAGUCUCUUCAGCUUUGCAGCCAGUUUGCCACUGAACAAAAUUGGAAGGGAAGCACGUCAUUGGUCUCGGAGCUGGUAAACUACGCUAGUGGGAUACCAUUGGCUCUGUGUGCCUUAGGAUCGUCCUUACAAAAUCAAUGUAUUAAAGAUGAGAAGCAACAUCUGAAAAGAUUGCGUCAAAAUCCUUUAGUUGAGAUUCAGGAUGCAUUCAAAAGAAGUUUUAAUGUACUAGAUGGCAACGAGAAGAAUACAUUUUUGGACCUUGCAUGUUUUUUCCGAGGGGAGAAUAAAGAUUAUGUAGUGAACAUCCUAGAUGGUUGCGGUUUUCUUACAGAGUUAGGAAUCUAUGGUCUCAUUGAUGAGUCUCUCAUCAGCAUUGUAGAUAACAAAAUAGAAAUGCUCAACAUUUUCCAAGACACGGGUCGAUUUGUUGUUUGUCAAGAGAGUAGUGAGACAGGGAAGCGUAGCAGAUUGUGGGAUCCUUCUGACAUUGUUGAUGUGCUGACCAACAACUCAGGAACAGAAGCAAUUGAAGGCAUAUUUCUCGAUUCAACUGGCUUGACAGUUGAGCUGAGUCCUACUGUUUUUGAGAAGAUAUAUAGACUUAGAUUCCUCAAGCUCUACAGUCCAACUUCUAAAAAUCAUUGCAACGUAUCUCUACCUCAAGGCCUGUACUCUUUGCCUGAUGAGCUACGUCUACUCCACUGGGAACGAUGUCCUUUAGAAUCCUUACCUCGGAAAUUCAAUCCUAAAAAUAUUGUAGAACUGAACAUGCCCUAUAGCAACAUGACAAAACUAUGGAAGGGAACAAAGAAUCUUGAGAACCUAAAGAGGAUCAUUUUGAGUCACUCACGACGGUUGAUUAAAUUCCCAAGGCUUUCAAAGGCCAGGAACCUUGAGCAUAUUGAUCUUGAAGGAUGUACGAGUCUGGUUAAAGUUAACUCAUCUAUUCUUCAUCACCACAAGCUUAUUUUCUUGAGUCUUAAAGACUGUUCACAUUUGCAAACAAUGCCUACCACGGUUCAUCUAGAAGCUCUUGAAGUUCUCAAUCUUUCCGGCUGCUUAGAACUUGAGGACUUUCCGGAUUUCUCACCGAACCUGAAAGAGCUAUAUCUAGCUGGGACUGCCAUAAGAGAAAUGCCAUCAUCAAUCGGUGGUCUCAGUAAACUUGUUACACUAGAUCUGGAGAACUGUGACAGACUUCAACACCUGCCACCAGAGAUAAGAAACUUGAAAGUUGUGGUUACCCUUAGCGCCAAACGUCCUGCUGCUUCCAUGAAUCUAUCUAGCGUGGAGGAUAAAGCACCACCAUACACGAGAUGUCGAUUGAAGAGAGUUAUUGAAUCUGUUAUUCUGAGCUUAAGAAAAAAGAAGCGAGAAAAUACGGUCCCUAGGGCUGACAUGAGGGUUAACGAGAAGACAAUGGAGGAAAAAGAAGUAAGAGAGAAAUCGGUUGAUGGUGACAACGAUGACGAUUUCGAUCCGUUUGCUACUUUGUGUGAUGACAGGAAGAAGAGUAUUCUUAAAAUUCAGGAGAAACUUGAAGAUCCUGAUCUGUCUGAAGAAGCUUUGGUUGAGUUGCUUCAGAAACUGGAAUAUGUGGACAUAACACUGAAAGAUCUUCAGGGAAGUAAUAUCGGGCGGCUUGUGAAUUUAGUGCAGAGGCGUCGAACGGGAAAUGCUAAGAGAUUAGCUCAACAGCUUAUCAAGAAAUGGAAGGAAACAGUAGAGAAAACUCUCACAGAUAAACAGCCUAGUGAUCUCAAACCUCCGAAUUUAAUAGGUAAAAGAAAAGAGUGCAACUCUGAAUCUCAGAACAAGCAUCGUUCUCAUCCAUUUCAUCAUCCAAAAGACACGGAAACCUCUGUGCCGGAGGGUUCCUUGAACCUCGAAGGCCUCCCCUUACGCCCGGGAAAACCUGUGUGUGCCUCGUAUUUUCACACUGGAAGCUGCAUCUCCGGUCCUACUUGCAUUUUUGAUCACCCAUCGUUGAUACCAGUUCACAAGACCACAUCUCUGUACUCGAAUCAGCUGGGAUUGUCUUCUUCAAUUGGAGAUUCAUCAAGUGACCUUGUGGGACCAGCAACUAAGCAACGAAGAAUCCAUAAGAACACAUCUUCCAUGGCUUCUGAGACACUGCACUCGAGUCCACUAGGAUUUGCUUCUUCAAUUGGAGAUUCAUCAAGUGAGCUUGUGGAAGCAUCAACUAAGAAACCUCCAGUACACAAGAACACGUCUUCUCUGGUUCCACAGAUGCCGCAUUUCAAUCCGCUAGGAUUUUCUUAUUCCAUUGGAGAUUCGUCAAGUGAGCUUGUGGAAGCAUCAACUGUGUCUGAGAUAACACACACAAACGUUGGUAGAAACCCCUCUGAUUCAUGGGAUGAUGAAGAAGACUCUCAGUUUUGGUUGCAUCUAUGAAGCACGGUUGUUAAUUGAGGAUUCAUCAAGUGAGCUUGUGUAAUCAUCAAUGUUGAAACCCACAAUUAGGACCUUCUUCUUUGCUUAGCUUAAUCAAGUUAGCUUGUGGAAUGGUAUGUUAUAACACAAGCAGCCGUCAAGACUCCAUUGGUUUAUGGUAUGUUAAUGAAGAUGACUCAGUUUCGGUUACAUCCAUUUUAAAACCCUCAAGUUUACUUUCUUCUUCAGUAGCUCGUCUUCUUCCUCGCAGAGCUGACUUAUCUUGGCCACAACAAUAGCCUCACCUGUCAUUGAGCAUCUGUUUCUUCUGUAGAUACAGCUUCAGAGAUAUUAUUAUUACUAUGGCUUUUAGCUAUCUUUUGGUUCCAUCGAUAGCAGAGAAUGUGUCAAUGUAGAUAUAUUAAGAGUAACGGUGGAAGCACACCAUAAUGAAAUAAAUUAUCUGCUAGAGACGAGUCUGUCUGAAGCAGAACAUGAUUAAGUGUAA